AAUCCAAUGCACGCGGGAUGUUACAUCGAAUUACCGCGAGAAAUUAUGUUAAAGCGAGCGGUGAUCAAUGUACGAUCCAAGGACAAUGCGUGUUUCGCGUGGUCGGUGAUCGCGGCUCUGCAUUCGGCUGAAAGGAAUACAAAUCGGGAAUUGUCGUAUCCGCAUUAUACGGCAGUGUUAAAUUUGCAAGACAUUACGUUUCCGAUGACGUUAGAUCAAAUAAAGAAGUUUGAACGAAUCAAUGACAUCUCAAUCAACGUUUAUGACUUCGAGGAAAAGAUUCUCCCGAUACGGCUGACAUCAAGGAAGAUGGAGAAGCACGCAAAUCUAUUGUACGUGCAGGAUCCGCGCGACGACAACGCGGGGAACUUCGCGUACAUUAAAGAUUUGUCCCGUCUUGUGAGCUCGCAACUGAGUAAAAAAGAACACAAAAAAUACUUUUGCGACCGAUGCCUACAUUACUUCAGUUCGUCUGAAAGAUUGCAGUCACAUACAACGGACUGCGAAAAGAUGAACGAUUGCGAUGAACGAUGUAUCCGACUGCCGAGCGAGGACGACAAGUGGCUCGAAUUCAAGAACCACACGAAUAAGGAACGACUUCCAUUCAUCGUUUACGUGGACUUGGAGUGCGUAUUACGGCGAACGGAAUCGGCAGAGAGGGAAGACGCAUCGUACAUCUACCAGCAGCACGAGGUAUUUAGCAUCGGAUACUACGUGCGAUACUCGUACGACGACGCGUUAUCGAUAUAUCGAUUUCGUCGCGGCGAAGACUGCGUUAUACCACCGAAAGAUCAGAUUCACGAAAUUACGUACGCUUGCGGUUCAUAG